AUGGCUGCCCUCAUCGAGGUACGCGACCAGCUUGACCUCCCAGAAAACCUGGUUCUCGCUGUCCUGGGCAAACUCAAAACACACCCGACUUCCAUCAUCACUGAAUACCGUCAUGGUCUCCUAGCGGCGAGGACCUUCUCCAUUCGCACGUUCACGCCGCCUCAGCCACUAGGCCAGACGUUGUCCCAGCCAACCCCUCGAGCAGAUACUCCCAGGUCCAUACCCGAGCAGUCGUUUCUCAGCGACAACAGUAUCACAAAAAUCCCUGCAAGUCCCUCAAAGAAGGACGCGGACUACAAAAGAGUCCCGAUGGAUUCUCACCACGAUAAGAAACAGCCGGGUGGCAUCACCUUUGGUGCUCAAGACAAGCUACCCAAACUCCCCAUUCCCGAUCUGGAGCAAACAGUCAAGAGGUAUCUCAAUGCCUUGCGACCACUUCAGUCUUCCAGGGAGCAUGGGGACACAGAGCAGGCCGUCGAAGAGUUCCUGAGGAAUGAUGGGCCAGAACUGCAGGAGAAACUCAAGAAUUAUGCACAAAGCAAGACGAGCUACAUCGAGCAGUUUUGGUACGACUCGUAUCUCAACUUCGAUAACCCCGUGGUCUUGAACCUGAACCCCUUCUUCCUAUUGGAAGAUGACCCAACACCUGCGAGGAAUAAUCAGAUUACUAGGGCUGCGUCUCUCGUCGCCUCAGCGCUCGAAUUUGUGCGUGCUGUCAGAAAGGAGGAGCUCCCGCCCGACACCAUCAGAGGCACACCGCUAUGCAUGUACCAAUUCUCGAGGCUCUUUGGCACAGCACGAGUACCCACAGAAGCUGGGUGUCAGAUUGAGCAGGACCCCAACUCGAAGCACAUGGUGGUCAUGUGCCAUGGCCAACUCUACUGGUUCGAUGUGUUGGACGACAACUCCGAUGUCAUCAUGUCCGAGCGCGAUAUUGCCCUCAAUCUUCAAACCGUCCUGGAUGAUGCGCAGCAGAUCCCCAUUCGAGAAGCUGCCAAGGGAGCUCUUGGUGUUCUCAGUACAGAGAAUCGCAAGGUCUGGUCAGGCCUGCGCGAUGUGUUGACUCGAGAGCCUGGGUCCAACAAUGCCGACUCGCUCAACAUCGUUGACUCCGCCCUCUUCAUCCUCUGCCUCGAUUACACCGAACCCCCCAACGUUGCGGCGCUCUGCCAGAACAUGCUCUGUGGUACCAGCCAGGUAGAGAAGGGUGUGCAGAUUGGCACCUGCACCAACCGCUGGUACGACAAGCUGCAGAUCAUUGUCUGCAAGAACGGAAGCGCUGGCAUCAACUUUGAGCACACGGGUGUCGAUGGCCACACCGUUCUGCGCUUCGCAAGUGACAUUUAUACGGACACCAUCCUUCGUUUCGCCCGGACCAUCAAUGGUCAAGCACCCACCUUGUGGACCUCGACCAGCCCUGACCCGUCCAAGCGAGACCCCGCGAGCUUCGGCGAUGUCAACACCACGCCCCGGAAGCUGGAGUGGGACAUGAUCCCCGAACUCAACAUUGCUGUUCGCUUCGCUGAGACUCGACUCGCCGAUCUGAUUGAGCAGAAUGAGUUCCAGUGCCUCGACUUCAGCUCCUAUGGUAAGAACUUUAUCACCUCCAUGGGCUUCUCCCCCGAUGCCUUUGUCCAGAUGGCGUUCCAAGCCGCCUACUACGGACUCUACGGCCGUGUGGAGUGCACGUACGAACCGGCCAUGACCAAGGUUUUCCUCCAUGGCAGGACAGAAGCUGUCCGCCCCGUGACGGACGAGUCUGUCAAUUUCGUCCAGUCCUUCUGGGCAGACAACCCAGCUGAGCAGAAAGUGGAAGCGCUGAGAAAGGCAUCCCAGAAGCACGUCGACGCAACACGCAUCUGCGCCAAGGCGCAAGGUUGUGAUCGGCACCUGUACGCCCUGUUCUGCGUGUGGCAAAAGCACGUCAACGAGAAAAUGCACAGCAGCCGAAGCAGCGACGGCUACUCCAGCCCUCUCGAGGGCUACUCGGAUGCCGGCAUGUCUCCUGUGGGAAGCCCGCCCAAAACAACAGGGGAAUCAAUGGAUGGUGUCGAGGUCAAGCCAACGAGAGAACGUGGCGGCAGCACCGGCUCACGGAACAGGGAGCAUGUCCAUCCCCUACCACUCCUCUUUGCUGAUUCUGGCUGGGACCGCCUGAACACGACGGUGCUCUCCACGUCCAACUGCGGCAACCCCUCGCUCCGACACUUUGGCUUCGGCCCCACGUCAGGAGAUGGUUUCGGCAUUGGCUACAUUAUCAAGGACGAAUCCAUCUCCAUUUGCAUUUCAAGCAAGCAUCGCCAGACCCGUCGCUUCGUCGACACCCUCGAGUCCUAUCUCCUCGAGAUCCGCCGCAUCCUGCGCAUUACCAACCGCAAAGCCUCCGUCGCCGGGGCGCAGAAGGGGUCGACCCGGGCGCGCGAGGCAGAGGAAGCGCACAAGAAGCCCGUCGUGCACAAGUCGAGCAGCGAGACCGCCAGUCGCCUUAAGAGCAGGGGACGUCUGAUCACGCAAGAUUCGCUGAGGUCGAUACGCCAGGCGCCGAGCGGGACCAUGUCGCCUACGGAAGAGAGUGUGACUGUGAGCGAGGAGGACGACGAGUUGGGUGGAUAUGGCUUCUUUGACGCGGGUAUGCUCUUGCAGGCUCUCAAGGCUAGGGGAGAUAAGUUCGAUGGGUCGGAGACAAAGGCCUCGGAGAGAGCAGCGGUGCAGGCCAGACGGCGGGACGUGGGCAAGAAGCUGCGUUUGAGCGAGUACUGA